AUACGGUACAUCUAUAUGAUACAUUAAAUUUUUUUUUUAAGAUCUCGACAUGCAGUGACGAUAACCACAGAGAUCCGAGUUUGGUGACAGGGUGCGUUGUCGUCAUGCAGAAUCCAGUUCUUUGUGCUCCAUAGAUCCAGUCACUUUCACUACAUGUCCUUCUUCAAAUGCUUCAAAGCGUCACAGAUCAUUCAAUUGACAGACUGGCCCUUAGGGAUGAAUUCUCAUUGCUCAAUACCAUAUUUCUGGAGAUGACUUCCAGAUUGCUCAUCGUCUACCAAGGACAUUCUUCUUCUUUUGAAAUGCCCGUGUCACAUUGCAUACGACCCAUUACCUCAUCGCCGUAAGCUUCCCAAAGCAUGCUCAAUGUCUCUGUAGCAGACUUCCUUUUUACCGCAAACUUUAACAUUGGCUCUUUGUUCCUGUCCAUGACAAAAUUCCAGACUACAGCAUACGUGUGAUCCCAAAAACACAAAGGUCACAACUUGUGAAGUAAACACAGUGAUAUCACUCGGCACACACUGCUUCACGAAGGUGACUGUUAGCUCCCGCUACGCAUGAAACCAUGUGCCGCCACCUGUUGGCGCGCUACAAAAUUAGUCUGGGAACUGUUUGAUGCUACCUUGUAGAUAACUAGAUAGACAGACAGAGUAGGUAGAUGUAGAGAGUGAGGCAGAAAGACAGACAGACAGAUUGAUAGAGAGAGAGAGAGAGAUUGACAAACAUACAUACAAAUGUGAAUAUGUAUAGGUGUGUAUACAUGUGUUUGUAAACUGACAGCCAGGCAGACUAUUUUUGUCACAUUCCCAUACACAAUGACAGUCACCCCUACCAUCCCCCCCACCACCACUCCAUACCAGCUCACCUCAACAACUCUCAGAACAGAAGACCAGGGACUGUUGUCAAUAUGACUCGGAUAAACCAAUUUUCAGAUAAAACGUCUCUCUACCAAAUCACGCUAUUCACCAUAUGUCUCCUGGCCAACCCUCUACUCGGCGGCAUUGCCCUCAAUCUUCACUUCCAGUCACGGCGCCACAUGAGGCGCGGCCGGCUGCGCACGGCCUCCGCCCUGGCCAAGCAGUCAGUUGCCAUGGCAGUAAGCGGUGUGGUUAUGUCUUUCUUCGUCUUACUCCUGGUGGGUCUCUACUUCGGAGGAGGAGGGGGAGAUCAGCGGGGCCUACAGAGCGUGCCCCUGCACCGUGCGGUUGGACGUAGACCAGAGCUGAAGUCAAACUCAAACACAAAUUCAGACAUGGACUCACACCACCAAAGAAAUGGGUCUUGUUACAACCAUAGGGACCGAGAACAGAUAACGAUCACUGCACCAAUAGUCCAGGGUGGUGGUCAUGGCAAUGGGAAGGAAAGAAAUGACAACAGUCAGGCUAAUCUGUAAUAAGACUUGUGGAUGCUGACAUUGAGAGCGGGAGAGAUGUUGCCAUGGUGAUGAACGCUAUGUCUGAUGCUGAUGUUGGUGGUGGUGGUGGUGAUGCUGCUACACUGCAGGAGCUGGUGGUGGUGGUGGUGGAGAUGGUGGUAAUAUUAGUGGUGUUGGUGAUGUUGGUCGUCGUCACUGUCAUCGUAGCAGUGUAAUAACGAUAAUAAUGAUGAUGAUGAUGAUGAUGACAAUGAUGAAGAUGGGGGUGGUGAAGAAAAACAAAAAAAUUUUCCCAACUGUUAAUUAUUUUAAUAAACCAUUUUGUAACACUGUAAAUGCUUUACUCUUUUACAUGUUUCAGUCAUUUGACUGUGGCCAUGCUGGAGCACCGCCUUUAGUCGAGCAAAUCGACCCCAGAACUUAUUCUUUGGAAGCCUAGUACUUAUUCUAUCAAUCCCACUUUUGCCAAACCACUAAGUUACGGGGACAUAAACACACCAGCAUCGGUUGUCAAGCGAUGUUGGGGGGGACAAACACAGACACACAAACAUAUACACGCACAUACAUAUAUAUACAUAUAUACGACAGGCUUCUUUCAGUUUCCGUCUACCACAUCCACUCACAAGGCUUUGGUCAGCCCGAGGCUAUAGCAGAAGACACUUGCCCAAGGUGCCACACAGUGGGAAUGAACCCGGAACCAUGUGGUUGAUAAGCAAGCUACUUACCACACAGCCACUCCUGCUUUGUUGAUAUUUCCUGGCAGUUGUUGUUAUAGGAAUAUUAAAUGGACCUUUUUCUUUAACCCCCAAAUAGAUGAAACAUAAAGUUAGUGUUAGUCUUCUAUAAUAAUUCCAUUCACAUCUAGGAAGUUUUAUAGAAAUAUCAAAUCUACCCCAGUAUUUCACUGCUACUUUAUUUUAUCAACCCCAAAAGGACAAAAGGUAAAGUUAGAGUUAGCCUUCUAUUUUAAUUCCAUUCACAUCUGGGAUAUUUAAUAGAAAUAUUAAAUCUACCCCAGUAUUUCACUUUUAUUUCAUCAACCCCACAAGGAUGAAAGGUAAAGUUAGAGUUAGUCUUCUAUUAUAAUUCCAUGGAAAGCGGACAUUAAACGAUGAUGAAGAUGAUCACACACACACACACAUACACAUAUGUAUACACACACACACACAUAUAUAUAUAUAUAUGUAUCAGUGAGUGUGUCUAUAUUUGUGUCUGCAUUUGUCCACCCAUCUACUGCUUGACAGUUGGCCCUGGUUUGUUUACGCUGCCAUAACUUGGCAGUUCAGCAAAAGAGACUGUUAAAAUAAGUACCACACAACUCAUCAAGGCAGUGCCCCAGCUUGGCCGUAACCCCAUGACCUAAACAAGCAAAUCAUACAACAAAAGAACAAUGAAGGUUUGAAAAUAUGGAAAGCACAACAAGCAGAGUUUCAACAGAAUAUAUUUAUUGAAACAAAAAACAUCAUCAGAAAGUGUUUACAGGAAUCUCCGUAGGAGAAUUUCUAUAAAUAUUCCAGGAUUGGAUAACUUCAUAAACAUUACCUCAUGCUAGCAUGGAAAGCGGACGUUUAACGAUGAUAAUGAUAAUACAUAGAUCAUACAUAUGUGUAUGUGUAUGUAUGUAUAAAAAGU